UCUACGCCCAUUUCCCUAUUCCAUCGGUUUUCCCGACUAUGUCCCGUCCCGUCCUGUCCUCGCACGGGAAAUCCAGGGUCACCUUGGCGAUUGCGACUAGGCGCCGGGUAUGUGAUGAAGGCCAUGAAGGGUCUUCUGUGGGCAACUCCUGCAAGCUCAAGCCCUAUCUUUGCUCGUGAUUCACACUCAAUGAGGCAUGCGGCGGGAAGUACGGGGUGUCGAAGAGCAUGCCAAGGACUCAGAGAAAGAUCUCGCCCACGUCAGCAUCUUGCCGCAGUGGCUCCUGCCAUCUGUCAUCCUGAGACGCAAGCUUCCCCAGUCUUUUGUUUGGCACUGUCACUGCAUCACAUUUCCGUUGUUGAUCCGUGGCUUGUUCGGCGUGCUUUUAGCAGACGUCAAUGGCCCCUGGGUUCGAUCCUUGCUGGAAAUAGUAACGUGGGGCCUAAGCAGACAAGCUCAAGUCUGCAGGACCAAUUCCAAGGUCCUUCCAGCUUGCCGCUGGGGUGGGACGUGUAGACAUCACAUCCCCACCGAUUCGGAACAGCCACAACCGCCGUGGUCUGUACUCGAGUGAAUGGAUGAUCGCACCUCCAUCCAGCCACCAUCAUUGGGCAGAGAUUAUCAAACGAGG